AUUGUCUUCCAGAGCACCAUCCUGCAGUGCGCUUUACCACUACGGAUUCUUUGCGAAGUAUCAAUUGGCCAUCAUCCUGACAAAAGCCCCAUCUUCUCAAGCUUCUCAAGAGAAAAAUCAUUCACCGACCCCUCGUGGGAAAUACUUCUUACUCUAAAAUCCUCGCAUAAUCACACGGGUCUUCUUGCUGCGCUCGCCUCAUUACGUUACUUACUACUGUCGUGUAAUAAGAGCAGACGAAUCUUCCAGUUCCUCGAUUGAUCCUUUGGAAAUAACACACUUGGCGACAUUUAAUUGCUCCCAUUAACACGUACCAAAAUGAAAAGCCGCAGAUUUUACAAUAUGAUAAAGGACUCGAAUGGACUCAAUCAACCUUUGAAUUCGAACGUUCAACCUCUCACUUCUAAUAAGACCAAAGUCAAGAAGAGAAUGAUCUCAGACCCGAGGCAUACUACUGGCAAAGACGAAGUAUGCACAGAGCUUCGUACAACAAAGCGAACACCGCUGAAGAAAAACAAGUUACCUGACGACGCUUCUAGUCUGAAAUAUAUCGCAUCUGGCCAGUCUUCCAAGAGAAGGAAGUUCAACGGCCAACCGGACAAGAUGACUCAUUUCUCCCCUGGACUCGUUCCUGAUCCAGUUGAAGAGCCAAAGAAUAAUAGUGUCAGUACACAUGCAUGGCACCAGGCGAAAUCACUGUUAGAGGCCGGCCAUUCUACACUUGGUUCCACGAGCGAUAUCUCGACUGCCACGCAUUAUAAUAGACUGCCUUCUCCUGGGCCAGCUGGGAAUCUAUUUUUGCCUUUGCCAAAAUAUUCAAGGAGCACCACAGUUGAUAAUGAGAAAACCAUGGCGUCAAAGCAACUUGUGGCUCGGAAGAGAAGUCAUUCUCCUAAUGCAGUCCUCUUUAUGCCCCAGAUAAAAGAAGAGAUAUUUGAUGAUUCAGAUUUCCGUGUCACCAGAGAUUUGACUGUUGCCUUUAGCCUUUCUAUAGAGAAGGCCAGGCGCUGGGCUGACGCAAUUGACAUUCCUGAAGGUCUUUAUAGCGAGAAAGAGAAAGAUCUUUUUUUCCGGCUCGCCAUGCGUGGAUUUGAGCCCCUCAUACCAGAGCAAUGGAGACCAGACUUCCCUACCCUUCCAUAUACCCUGUUUUCUAAUGCAGAGGGCGAUUCCGGGCCACUAAUCCACACAUUUAAAAGCUCCAAGACUUAUGCAAUCAGGUCUCUCGCAGCUUUAUUUUCUCUCGGGGGUCGCGUAAGGGACUGUAGAGUUCUGAAGAAGGGUCCCGAGAACUUGAUCAAAACCACCAUCAGCCAAUAUUUUCGCUGGGCCUUGCGUGAUACUGACAUACAUACAAGGACAGAUGCAAUCCCCGUACAUGUCACUUAUGCCCAGAAGAAAGGGGAAACCACACUUGAUGCCGUUAAAAAGCUGAACCGGCGCCUACAACUACUCGCCAGCCGGCACCGCGAAGCGUUGAAUGUGGCAGCCCUAGAUGGAGGUCAUGGUUCGAUUAAUCUUCAGCCCAACAAAAAAGACGAUGGCCACUCUGGUCCCUCUCCAAUUUAUCCACUCCUCAUUGGAGUUAUCAUAUGUGGCCCUAUCAUUGCAAUCCUAACUCUCGGCACUGACAUCUUAGACACACCUAAUGAUACCGACAGCAAAUACAUCUGCCAGUUUGACUUGGGAGAUGCAGGACACGAUGUCUGGAAUUCACUUGCGGUCGCUAUCACAGUUAUGAAAAUCCGGGAAACCAUGAUGCGACUCGCAGAUAAUGGGCUAGCUGGUUUCGUUAGGCUUCCUCUGCGCACAGAUUCAACCCCGGAUGUGGAUAUCUAAUGAUAUGCGGCAACUGACUAUGGCUCUGCUCCUUUGAGAAUGGUUCUAGCUGUGCUGGAUUAACUAGGACAGUAUAUAUGUUUCUUCUUACAUAAAUAUGUAUACGACCUUCUGAAAUCGUUAAAUGGUGUUUCUUCAAACGUGCUCUACAGUUUCUCCCUUGUAUAUAUAUCGUGGAUAUUGUGGAGGUUCUAGGUUACGAACCACGCUUAAUUUC